UUUUGAAGGUCAAGGUCGACCAGGCCAUUUGCAAAACAGCAUGGUCGAUGGAAGCCAUAGAAUUAAAUGUUGUUUACACCGCUCAGAAUAAACCAGAUGGUAGUAAGAAGUAACUUUAAAAACAUUUUUACAAAACAACUUUCGUUAAUAUUUUGCAUUGUAAGUAGAACCUCAAUGGCGUGGAGAUCAAGUGGUAACAGCAAUGAAAAUCUCAUUGACAACCUGCACAGAAAUGGUAUUAUUAAAAAUGAGCGAGUACUUGAGACAAUGAAAGCUGUAGAUAGAGCUCACUUUUGUAAGCAUAAUCAUUAUACAGAUGCACCACAAGGUAUCGGCUAUUCUGUAACAAUAAGUGCACCUCAUAUGCACGCCCAUGCACUGGAGUUAUUAAGUGAACAGCUGAAGGAAGGAAAUAAAGCUUUAGAUGUUGGUUCUGGAAGUGGAUAUUUAACUGCUUGUAUGGCUCUAUUGGUAGGAGAAAAUGGUAAAGCUGUAGGUAUAGAUCAUAUUGAUGAAUUGGUGGAAGGAUCGAUUGUUAAUGUUCAAAAAGAUGCUAAAUUGUCCAAACUAUUAGAUAGAGGUCAGUUAAAGUUUGUGGUUGGUGAUGGUAGAUUAGGAUAUGAACCCGAAGGACCAUAUGACGCUAUACAUGUUGGUGCUGCAGCACCUCAAUUACCAGAAAAGUUAGUUGAACAAUUAAAGCCUGGAGGUCGCCUGAUUAUACCAGUUGGUAACCAAGGUGAAAAUCAGAAAUUACUCCAAGUUGACCGUCUGUUGAAUGGUGAGGUCGUCAAGAAGAAUUUGAUGGGUGUAAUAUAUGUGCCUCUAACAAGCAAAGAAAAACAGGUUCCCAGGUGGAGAUAACUCAUAACCUUCUUGGCAUGAAGGAAGGUGGAUUUAUAAGAAGACACAAGUUCUUGCUUCCUGCUAUUUUAGUUUGUAUCCAGCCAUUACACAAUUUUACACAGUUUGCUUAGUAGCUAUUUUUGGCCAUUCUAGAAACAACCACAGCUAGGAGUUGGAUGGGACUUAUUCAUGAAACCUUUUCAUUGAUUGCCCAAGAGGGAAAAUCUGUGCACAAAAGUUAGUUCUCAAUUAAAUUAAGUAUAUUUAGUUACGAUGCAUUUUUAUAAAACGGCACAAGAUAUGUUAAACUGAAAAGGUUGUGUUAACAAAACGGAUGUCACAUACUAUAUAUAGGUAUAUAAAUGCUGUUUCCACUGAAAAUUGUGUAACAUCUGAAGAUAGUUUCAACCCAGCUUCUUUCUAGAUUAAAGAUAAAAUACCCCAACCAUCCGGCAAAAUGAUAAUUAGAACUUAGUUACGACUGAAUUGAAUUUUAAUUCUUUAAAUGACAUCUAGAAGUACGGUGAACUAUUAUAACAAAACAUGGAUAUAUAGAUAUAACUACUUCUCAGUUAAGUAAUAAAGACUUUUCGUAACACAUGCUGGUCACGUUUUCAAAUUAAUAUUAACUUCAAACUUGAAAAACAGUGACCUGCAUGUGUUACAAAACGUCAAUAACUAAGAAGUAGUUAUAUCCAUUUAAAAUACAGAUGUGACGUCAUCCUUUGAUCUUGGCGUACCAUUAUUUGAAAUAAUGGUACGGGCAAAUUGCCAAUCAUACAUUAUUUAUACUAGUGAAAUACUGGACUCGCGUGACACAUUUCUUUGCAAAAGCACGUGCAGAGUGUCUGUAUUUUAGGUCGUUUGAUAGUCUCGAGCUUAAGACAUUACGUAAUAUAUUGCAAAAACACUCGGGCCUACAGCCCUCUUGUUGUUACAAUAUAUUACUUAAUGUCUGGCUCUCGAUCAUUAAACUAUACAUAUACCCUGUGUUGUGUUUUGUUAUAAUGGAUUGUAGUUUUCUUUGACUUUAUUUAGAUAAAAGUUGACUUGAAUCUAGUCUUUGUUUUCAGUGGAAAGAACAUUAAUAUAAAAAUUGAUAAGAGUAGGAAUUGCUAUUCUGAUUCCUGUAAAUUGAAAUAGACUAAAAAAGAUUUAUAUGUUAAGUUUUAUUCCAAGUGAAUAAAAUUGAUAUUUAUUAGGAAAAAAAAGCAAAAGAAAUGUUAUACAAAUAGGCCUACUAUAUGUUUAGUUUUAUUCCAAGAUAAAUUUAUAAGAUUAAUAUUUAUUAGUAAAAAUAAACUAAAGAAAUAUUGAUUUUCAAUGACUAAACUUAUAGCCUGUACUGAAAUUGUUGUUGAAUGAUUUCCCUACCCCCAAAAAUGAAUAAAGUUGAUAUUUAUUAGGAAAAAAAAGCAAAAUAAAUGUUUAGUUUUAUUCCAAGAUAAAUUUAUAAGAUUAAUAUUUAUUAGUAAAAAUAAACUAAAGAAAUAAUGAUUUUCAAUGACUAAACUUAUAGCCUGUACUGAAAUUGUUGUUGAAUCAUUUCCCUACCCCCAAAAUAUGAUUGUGUGGCGAUUAGCUAUUGUGAAUACUCACAAACGAUACAGUCUAGGGCAGUAGGAAACUGUAAAGGAGUUUCAGAAGAGGGACAUUUUUAGUGGAAAUAGUUAAUAGUAAUGUUGAAGGGGGCGUUGUCCUAUAAAUCACUACAGAAAGGUAGUCAGGGUAUGUUUCUGUGUACUAAAACUGCAUUCAGCCAUUAUACAUUUGCCUACACAGAAAAGUACCCGAGAUAUGUUACAAGAUCCCUUCGGAUAGUAGUGGAAAUAAUUAAUAGUGAUGUUGAAGGGGGUGUUGUCAAAUAAAGCACAACAGAGAAAGGUAGGCAAGGUACAUUUCUGUGUACCAAGAUAGAUUUACAUGCACAGAAAGGUACUUGGGAUAUGUUACAAAGACCCCUUAAGCAAUAGUAAUAUAUAGAUCUUAUCCUAAUAGUAAACAAAUAUAUAUAUAUGUAGUAUGUUCUUAUCCACAUUCUUUGUAUUUUGAAUGAAACUAUGAAAUUCAAAUAAUUUACCUUAAUAGAAAAAAAAUUUCUCUUAAACCGAUCGAGCGAUUUUCCAUAGUAGUUAAUAACAAUAAGUGGAAUUCAUAAAAAUUUACCCAAAUAGAAAAAUUCUCUUAAACCAAUAGAGGGAUUUUCCAUAGUAGGUCGUUGAUAUUGAGUGGUGAAUUGAAUUUGUAUUUAUUAGUUUAAAUACAGAGAGUAGGAUUGUUAUUUUAUAUUAAAUUGCUCUCUUUAUUAAAUAAAGUCUUACUGUUAUUUGAGCUUUCAUAACUUGUUAUGUAAAUAUUUUAUUGUUCAAUAAACUUUAAAAGCUUUA